AUGGUUCUGAGGAAAAAACUGAGUUGCUUAUGGACGUUAGGUCUGGUAGCCAGUAAAUCGUCUACUAAAGUCCCCUCUAUCGAAGACCAGACUUUUAAAGACCAGUGCGUCAAGGCGCAUAACGAAAUGCAUAGCAAAGUCUGGCCCCCCGCGGCUGACACGAAAUACAUGCUUUGGGAUGAUGGUUUAGCGAAGGUUGCUAAAGCAUGGGCAAACAAGUGCAGAUUCGAACACAACUCCUGUUUAUCAAUAUCAUACAGAUGCCAUCCAACUUUUCAAUUUGUUGGAGGAAAUAUCUGGUUAGGUGAAUUAAGCAUAUUUUCACCAAAAUUUGCUGUUGUUCCUUGGUUUAAUGAAACUGAAUUUUAUGAUUAUAAUACCCUACUAUGUUCCAAAGCUUGUGGCCAUUAUACACAGGUAGUUCGGGCCAAUUCAUAUAAAGUUGGUUGUGCAGGGACAAUGUGUCCUAAACUUGGAGAAUUUGAAACUGCAAUAUUCGUAUGCAGCUAUGGACCUUCAUAAGUUAUUUUAGGAAAUUUUCCAAAUAAGCCCCCUUACACUAAAAGAGUAGCCUGCUCUUUGUGUGCAGAAGAAGAAACUUGCAAAGAGAAUCUCUGCCGUAAGCAAAAAGGAAAAACAAUAAUCGUAACAUUCUAUUUGGAGAAGAGUUUCCAUAAAUUAAUUUUAAAAUUUGGAUUCUCAAGUGGGAAGAAGGCACCUCAGCAGAUAUCAUGUAAUCCAUUGUGCCUAGUUCCUGUUCUUCUGAGACUAUUUUAAUUAUCAUUUAUAUAUAAGAAAAGUUCUCAGACAUGACAAUA